AUGGCUGGAGCAUCAGUGAAGGUGGCAGUGCGCGUCCGGCCCUUCAACUCCCGGGAGAUGAGCAGGGAAUCAAAAUGCAUCAUCCAGAUGUCAGGAAGCACCACCACUAUCCUGAACCCAAAACAGCCCAAAGAGACACCAAAAAGCUUCAGCUUUGACUAUUCCUACUGGUCCCACACUACGCCUGCAGACAUCAACUAUGCAUCCCAAAAGCAAGUGUACCGGGACAUUGGUGAGGAGAUGCUGCAGCAUGCCUUUGAAGGCUACAACGUGUGCAUCUUUGCCUAUGGGCAGACAGGAGCUGGAAAAUCCUACACCAUGAUGGGCAAGCAGGAGAAGGACCAGCAAGGCAUCAUCCCACAGCUCUGCGAGGAUCUCUUCUCCCGCAUCAAUGACACAACGAAUGACAACAUGUCCUACUCCGUGGAGGUGAGCUACAUGGAGAUCUACUGUGAACGUGUGAGGGACCUGCUGAACCCCAAGAACAAGGGGAACCUGCGGGUGAGGGAGCAUCCCCUUAUGGGUCCCUAUGUUGAGGACCUUUCCAAGCUGGCUGUGACCUCCUACAAUGACAUCCAGGACCUUAUGGACUCUGGAAACAAAGCCCGCACAGUGGCUGCUACCAACAUGAAUGAGACCAGCAGCCGCUCCCACGCCGUGUUCAACAUCAUCUUCACGCAGAAGCGGCACGACGCCGAGACAGACAUCACCACUGAGAAGGUCAGCAAAAUCAGCUUGGUGGACCUGGCUGGGAGUGAGCGAGCUGAUUCCACAGGAGCCAAGGGCACAAGGCUAAAGGAAGGAGCAAAUAUCAACAAGUCCUUGACCACUCUGGGGAAAGUCAUCUCUGCCCUGGCUGAAAUGGACUCAGGGCCGAACAAGAACAAAAAGAAGAAAAAGACGGAUUUCAUCCCAUACCGAGACUCGGUGCUGACCUGGCUGCUGCGGGAGAACCUGGGAGGCAACUCCAGAACUGCCAUGGUCGCUGCUCUCAGUCCUGCUGACAUCAACUACGAUGAGACCCUCAGCACCCUCAGGUAUGCUGACCGUGCCAAGCAGAUCCGCUGCAAUGCUGUCAUCAACGAGGACCCCAACAACAAGCUCAUCCGGGAGCUGAAGGACGAGGUGGCACGUCUGCGUGACCUGCUCUACGCCCAGGGCCUGGGGGACAUCAUUGACACCCAUCCUGCUGCAGGAGGAUCCAAAUAUGUGUCCGACUUUGAGAACAAUAAUGAUGCUAGAGGGACAGAGCUGAGUCACCGCCAUGACAAUCUCUCCACAGUGACCAAUGCCAUCGCUGGGAUCAGCCCCUCUUCCUCCCUCUCUGCCUUGUCCAGCCGUGCUGCCUCAGUGGCCAGCCUCCACGAGCGCAUCAUGUUUGCUCCGGGCAGCGAAGAGGCAAUUGAAAGACUCAAGGAAACUGAGAAGAUCAUUGCAGAGCUGAAUGAGACGUGGGAAGAGAAGCUGCGGAGGACAGAAGCGAUACGGAUGGAGAGGGAAGCAUUGCUGGCUGAAAUGGGGGUGGCCAUGAGGGAGGAUGGAGGCACCUUGGGUGUUUUUUCUCCUAAAAAGACACCACACUUGGUCAACCUGAAUGAGGAUCCACUCAUGUCUGAGUGUCUUCUCUACUACAUCAAGGAUGGGAUAACAAGGGUUGGCCGGGAAGAUGCUGAGAAGAGGCAGGACAUCGUUCUCAGCGGGCACUUCAUUAAAGAAGAGCACUGCCUGUUCCGCAGUGACACCAAAACUGGUGGUGAAGUGAUAGUGACCCUGGAGCCCUGUGAAGGUGCUGACACCUAUGUGAAUGGCAAAAAGGUGACAGAGCCCAGCAUCCUCCGCUCAGGAAACCGCAUCAUCAUGGGCAAGAGCCACGUGUUCCGCUUCAACCACCCCGAGCAGGCUCGGCAGGAGCGGGAGCGGACGCCGUGUGCCGAGACCCCCGCAGAGCCUGUGGACUGGGCCUUUGCCCAGAGAGAGCUGCUGGAGAAGCAAGGCAUCGACAUGAAACAGGAGAUGGAGCAGCGGCUCCAGGAACUGGAGGACCAGUACCGGAGGGAGCGGGAAGAGGCAAAUUACCUUCUGGAGCAGCAGAGGCUGGACUAUGAGAGCAAACUGGAGGCUCUGCAGAAGCAGAUGGAUUCUAGGUAUUACCCUGAGGCAAAUGAGGAGGAAGAAGAACCUGAGGAUGAAGUGCAGUGGACAGAGCGGGAAUUCGAGCUCGCCCUCUGGGCCUUUAGGAAGUGGAAGUGGUACCAGUUCACCUCCCUCCGUGACCUGCUCUGGGGCAAUGCUAUCUUCCUCAAGGAAGCCAAUGCCAUCAGCGUGGAGCUGAAAAAGAAGGUCCAGUUCCAGUUUGUGCUCCUCACGGACACGCUGUACUCGCCUCUCCCUCCCGACCUGCUGCCCCCCGAUGCUGCCAAGGACCGGGAGAAGCGGCCGUUCCCCCGCACCAUUGUGGCUGUAGAGGUGCAGGACCAGAAGAACGGAGCAACACAUUACUGGACCCUGGAGAAGUUAAGGCAGCGCCUGGACCUGAUGCGUGAGAUGUAUGACCGAGCAGCAGAAGUGCCUUCCAGUGUCAUUGAGGACUGUGACAAUGUGGUUACUGGCGGAGACCCUUUCUACGACCGCUUUCCCUGGUUCAGGCUGGUGGGCAGUUCAGAUAUCUCUGGCUGCAACAGCUCUCCUCUUUUCAACACAUGCAUGAGCGAGCGCAUGGCUGAUCUCACCCCCUCCCCUACCUUCUCGAACCCCGACUCCGACAUCACCGAGCCUGCUGACGAGCAGCACCAGGGGCAGGAGGAGGAGGAGGAGGAGGAGGAGGAGGAGGACCUGGAGGAAGACAUCUUUCCGGAGUGCCCGCUGUGUGAUGGCCGGGAUCCAUUUUACGACCGCUUCCCCCUGUUCAGUUUAGUAGGAAGGGCCUUUGUCUACCUGAGCAACCUCCUCUACCCCGUGCCCCUGGUUCACCGCGUGGCCAUCGUCAGCGAGAAGGGCGAGGUGAAGGGCUUCCUGCGUGUGGCUGUCCAGGCCAUCUCAGCGGAUGAAGAAGCCCCUGACUAUGGCUCUGGUGUGCGGCAGUCGGGGACAGCCAAGAUCUCCUUUGAUGACCAACACUUUGAGAAGUUCCAGUCAGAGUCAUGCCCAGCUGUCGGGAUGUCUCGCUCGGGGACCUCUCAGGAGGAGCUGCGCAUAGUCGAAGGUCAGGGGCAGGUCGGCGACGUGGGUCCAUCUGCUGAUGAAGUCAACAACAACACCUGUGCAGUGACCCCAGAGGAUCUUCUUCUGGACAGCCCAGAGAAGCCUGCAUCGGAAGGGCCGCUGGAGGUGGCUUUGGACCACCUGAAGCUGGGCAGCAUCUUCACUUUCCGUGUGACGGUCCUGCAAGCCUCCAGCAUCUCUGCAGAAUAUGCUGACAUCUUCUGCCAGUUCAACUUCAUCCACCGCCAUGAUGAGGCCUUUUCAACAGAACCCUUGAAGAACACAGGACGAGGGCCACCCCUGGGCUUCUACCAUGUCCAAAAUAUCGCUGUGGAGGUGACAAAAUCUUUCAUCGAAUACAUCAAGAGCCAGCCAAUUGUGUUUGAGGUGUUUGGCCAUUACCAGCAGCACCCCUUCCCACCUCUCUGCAAGGAUGUCCUGAGUCCACUGAGGCCAUCCCGACGCCACUUCCCUCGUGUGAUGCCACUCUCCAAACCAGUGCCUGCAACAAAGCUGAGCACCAUGACUCGGCCCACUGCUGGCCCCUGCCAGUGCAAGUAUGACCUGAUGGUCUUCUUUGAGAUCUGUGAGCUGGAGGCCAAUGGCGACUACAUUCCUGCUGUUGUGGACCACCGUGGAGGCAUGCCAUGCCAUGGGACCUUCCUCCUUCAUCAGGGCAUCCAGAGGAGAAUCAGUGUCACCUUGGUGCAUGAAACGGGCAGCCUCAUCCGCUGGAAGGAAGUACGGGAGCUGGUUGUGGGUCGAAUCCGGAACACCCCAGAAGCAGACGAGUCGCUCAUCGACCCCGAGGCCUGUCCCAAGGCAAGGUGUUUUGGGGAGAAUUAUGGGGGUCUGGAUAGGAUCUGGUACCUUGAGCGCUCUCAGGGCAGCUCCUGGACAUGGCAGAGCAACCUGCACAGAGUAUCUGGGCAGCAGAGGCAGUUUCUUGAUUCGGAUAUGCCUAGGUUUUCCUACCAGUUUGAGGCGGCGUGGGAUAGCUCCAUGCACAACUCACUGCUGCUCAAUCGUGUCACCCCUUACCGGGAGAAGAUCUACAUCACCCUGUCAGCUUACAUCGAGAUGGAGAACUGCACUCAGCCUGCCGUCAUCACCAAAGACUUCUGCAUGGUUUUCUUCCGGGAUGCCAAACUUCCUGCCUCACGCUCCAUCCGCAAUCUUUUUGGCAGCGGCAGCCUGCGAGCUUCUGAGAGCAACCGUGUAACAGGAGUCUAUGAGCUCAGCCUCUGCCGCGUGGCUGAUGCCGGCAGCCCAGGCAUGCAGAGAAGGCGCCGGCGUGUGCUGGACACCUCUGUAGCCUAUGUCCGGGGAGAGGAGAACCUGGCUGGCUGGCGGCCCCGCAGUGACAGCCUCAUCCUUGACCAUCAGUGGGAGCUGGAGAAACUCAGCCUUCUGCAAGAAGUGGAGAAGACAAGACACUACCUGUUACUGCGUGAGAAGCUGGAGACAACCCAGCGCCUGGGCAUGGAGACCCUGUCCCCCUGCUCCAGUGAGGAUUCUGAGUCCCGAAGCACCUCCUGCAUCUCCUCCCCUCUCUCUGCUGACGGGGCACCUGAAGGCCACACGUCUCCCCCUGAGACCCCCAGCGAGAGGCAGAAGGAGCUGGCUGUGAAGUGCUUGCGCUUGCUGACGCACACCUUCAACAGGGAAUACAGCCACAGCCACGUCUGCAUUAGCGCCAGUGAGAGCAAGCUGUCUGAAAUGUCCGUGACCUUGAUGAGAGACCCUUCCAUGCCAGCUCUUGGGGUCACCACUCUCACCCCCUCCUCAACCUGUCCAUCACUGGUGGAAGGAUGUUACAAUGCCAUGGAGGUCAGACCCCCCCAGGUUUCCUCCAGGGCAGAGAGCCCCGAUCUGGAGACUGUGGUGGAAGGAGAGCUGAAGAAGUCCCCAGCCCGCCGGCCGGAGGAGGAGAAGGAGCCCCAACGGUUGCUGGUGCCUGACAUCCAGGAGAUUCGAGUCAGUCCCAUCGUCUCCAAAAAGGGCUACUUGCAUUUCCUGGAGCCUCACACCAACGGAUGGGUGAAACGCUUUGUGGUGGUCCGGCGUCCAUACGUCUAUAUCUACAACUCGGACAAGGAUGCAGUCGAGAGGGCCAUUCUAAACCUCUCCAAGGCCCAGGUGGAGUACAGUGAGGACCAGCAGGCCAUGCUCAAGACCCCAAACACGUUUGCGGUGUGCACAGAGCACCGGGGCAUCUUGCUGCAGGCAAGCAGUGACAAAGACAUGCACGACUGGCUCUAUGCUUUCAACCCUCUCCUGGCUGGAUCCAUAAGAUCCAAGCUGUCCAGAAGGAGAACAGCCCAGAUGAGAAUCUAA